AUGUCUGUUGAAAACUUUGUGGGAGGUUUCUCCAUGCCGCUCAGUCUGCCGAUUCCGGCAUUUCUACGAUCCACAACUUUCUGGGCACCAAUUCUAGAAAACCCAAAAUACUCAUCCAAAGACGUCACUGUCGUUAUUCCUACAAUCCACCACACCUUUGAGGAGCUCCGGCCGUCUCUUGAAAGCAUCAUUGCAUGCGACCCAUACGAGCUGCUCUUAGUGACAACAGCAAGCAAGAUCGAUGCGCUCGAGGACUUGGCCGACUCGCUCCGCGAAUCCGGAUACAAGAGCAUCCGCGUGAUGUGCACGAGCGUCGCCAACAAGCGGCUACAAGUAUGCCUUGCGCUGCCCAAGGUCGAAACCGAAAUCACGAUCAUGGCCGACGACGAUGUCACCUGGCCCGAUACUCUGAUUCCCUGGAUCCUGGCCCCCUUUGAGGACGACAAAAUCGGAGGCGUCGGUACCUGCCAGCGCGUCAAGCGCAUCUUGACGGGAGCUUGGUCGACUCGCAUCUUCAACUGGCUUGGGGCGGCCUACAUUGAGCGCCGCAACUUUGAAAUUUCGGCGACUCACAACAUCGACGGCGGCACCUCAUGCAUGUCUGGGCGGACCGGUGCCUACCGGUCGGAGAUCCUUCAGAGCCAUGAGUUUCUCGAGGGCUUCCAAACGGAGCGCUGGGGCAAGUUCAUUCUCAACGCGGACGACGACAACUUUGUGACCCGCUGGCUAGUCAACCACGGAUGGAAUACGUGGGUGCAGUACGAACGGGAGUGCGAGGUGGAAACGACGCUUGAAAACAGUGCCAAGUUCCUUUACCAGUGCUCUCGUUGGGCUCGCAGCAACUGGCGAAGCAACUAUACGAGUCUCGUGACAGACAGAUACGUUUGGACGCGCCAACCCUGGUCGACUUAUGCUCUCCACAUUGCGACGUUUACAUCGCUUGCAUUCGCUGUCGAUCCGCUGCUACUGUUUUCGUGCUGGCGGGCAACUGAGGACUGGGAUCCCACCUUUCGCCGGUAUGCGAUCUUGGCGCAGAUUGGCUUCAUGUUUGGCUUCACGAAAGUGGUCAAACUAAUGGGCCUUUUCCUCCGCAACCCGAGCGACCUCAAGUUCCUACCGGUGUCGAUUGUUUUUGGUUAUUUCCACGGCAUCAUCAAGCUUUACACGCUCUUUACUCAUAGAACGACGUCAUGGGGCAGCCGUGAUGAUGCCGACACCAACGACAAUAUGCGCCUGGCACCGUGGCCACGUCGCAGUCCGAGCCUUCGCACGCCGCCCAGGUUGGACAGCGAGCUUCCACAGCAUACACAAAAUUCUCCGCCAUACUGGUCGAGUGUCAGACAGCAAGAACACCUGCUGCCACCCAAGUGGCAAAAAGUCACCGAAAAGUCGGCAUUGCUCGAUAACACCGCCUACUGA